AGAGAGAGAGAGACAGACAGAGAGAGAGAGAGAGAGAGAGACAGACGGACAGAGAGACAGAGAGAGAGAGAUUUCUGAUUCCAGUCUGCAGCUUUCAGUCUGACGCUCGGCUACUUCUCUGCCUCUUCUUCUGAGCCAUCGCGAGGCCUUUGUCUCCGCGUGGAUGUGAACUCGCCAAACCUCUGGAUUACUUGAUUUCGUUUUUCUCAUCAGCCGACAUCAACGGAUUUCGGAUUCGGUCAUUUUCGUGGUAAUUGGCGCCGCUGUGACCCCGUGUUCGAGCUCAUAUAUUCAGUCUCUGAACUCUGCUGGAGUCUGUCCUUCUCCGGACAGUUUGCAGUGUGACAGCAGCUAUAUUUUGGGUUUUUUUUGGGGUCCUCUGCGUGUUGCUGGUGGGGCAGUUCCUGUCUGAAUGCCCCAGGACUACCCCCAGGCUGCAGUUCCCCCCCCGGCCUGCAGGGCGGCAGUAGAGAGGGGCGGCAUGAGCGACUUCUGGCACAAGAUGGGCUGCUGCGUGGUGGCUAAACCUCCACCGAAGAAGAGGAGGAGGAUUGACCGCAGUAUGAUCGGAGAGCCGACAAACUUCAUCCACCUCACACACAUCGGCUCUGGAGAGAUGGCCGAGGGCCUGCAGCCGUCUGGAACGGUUCAGGAACAGAUGAGGUCUAAAGGCCCGAACAUGAACGGCAGGAACAGCAUGUUAUAGCCGGAGUGUGUUAAUCUGACGUAGACCUGCUGGCCAACCUCUCUCUUCCCUCCUUCUCUCUCCUCCUUCCCUUCCCUCCUUCCCUUCCCUCCUUCCCUUCCCUCCUUCCCUUCCCUCUCUUCCGAUCGAGCCUCAUCUCCGAAAUCCGACUGCCAGCCAGAGGCUUCGACGCCACCCGCAAGGGAGUGCUGUCCCGAUCCCGAACCCUAAAAAACAGACCUCUUCUCUAAAAGAGGGGUGAAAAUGUCGCUCGUAUUAUGUCGUUCCAGUAUUCAUCCACCAGCUGUGCAUCUGUCCGCACAAAAGGCAAGGACUACAUCUCCCAGCAUGCCUUUCAAAGUGCACAUCAAGGAGACUUUUUUAUUUUUAUUUUUAAUUUUUUUACUUUUUUGAAUUUAAAAUCUAAACCAUUUGAAUCGGAGUUAAGAACAGAAGAUGUUUUCUCAACUAGCGGGCAGAGUUUUCUACCCCAACCCCCCCCCACCCAACAUCAGUAUUAAAUCAACCCGACCGAUGACAUCACUGGACUCCAUUUCCCAGAAUCCCCUUCUAAUUCAGGAUGUGCGGCAGAAUGAGAGAAUGUCUGUAUUUAAGAAUAAGAAGAAGAAAAAGUGGCUACGAAAGUGUUGCUUUUAAAUUGUCACGAUAAGGACUACAUUUCCCAGCAUUCAUAGGGAGGGUAGAGUUUUUUUCACUGCUCUGAGGGGUUGAGAAGAACUCCAUCAGUCCUUCAUUUUAAACCCUCAUGCUGGUGGAAAUCCCCCCCUCCCUGCCCUCCAAAAAUAAAGCUUUUCCAUUUCCCUCAGUGGACUACAUUUCCCAGGAUGCUUCACUCUGCUCAGCUGUGCUCUGAAUUUACUUGUAAAAGAUUAUUACGCCUUUAUUUUUGGCUUCACUGAACUCUCAGAGAUGGACUCGGGACACACAGUUCAAAACUUCCAUCAGAAAAUCAGCUGUUUUUGUAAAAGUUCUUUAAUUUCAACUCUUAAAAAGAUUUUCCUUCUCUUUCUGUUUUUGACUACUUGAACUGUGAGUCGGGGGCCCCAAAACAGGUCUUAAUCUCACAUACUGUGGACCCCAAGAAGACAGAAGUGUUAAUUUUUAACUUCAGGUGUCAUGUUGGGACAUUUUCAGGACAUUUCUUUGAAAGAUUUCAUGCUGCAUUCUGGUGGGAACCCUCAGAGGUUGGCUGGGACACACAGUUCAAAACUCCCAUUAGAAAAUCAGCCAUUUUUGUAAAAAUUCUCUAUUUCAACUCAUAUCAAUAUUUCUUUGUGAUUUUUGGUCAUUUGACUACUUAAACUGUGGGUUGGGGCACAAAACGGGUCUUAAUCUGACAUAUUUUGUGUCCCAAGAUGACAGACCUUUUCAGUUUUAACUUCAGGUGCCAGGCUGAGACAUUUUCGGGACUUCUGUUUAAGAUAUUUCAUCCUGCAAUCCGGUGGGAACCCUCAUAGGUUGGCUGGUGACACACAGUUCAAAACUCCCAUUAGAAAAUCAGCUGUUUUUGUAAAAAUUCUCUAUUUGAACUCAUAUCAAUAUGUCUUUGUGAUUUUUGGUCAUUUUACUACUUAAACUGUGGGUUGGGGCCCAAAACGGUUUUAAUCUGACAUAUUUUGGGCCCCCAGGAAGACCAAAAUGUUAACUUUUUAACUCGUAGACAUUUCAUAAUGCAUCUGGUGGGAAGAUAAAGUUUUACCUGCUUUCUGUUUUGAGUAUUUGAACAUUUUCUACGCAGACUUUUCUGCAGUUUUUGGUUAAUUUACUGUUUGAUUUUUCCUGUUGUCUUUCGCGCUGAUGAUGUGUGCUUGGUGCUAACUUGGGUCUCUUGGUAUGUGAGUUGAACGAUUCUUGUAUUAGAGAAGUUGUGGCAAAAAAAAAACUGGUUCAAAUUCCCCAAAAACUUUAAUUUGAGCACUUUAUAAGAACUGUAACAUCUGGAUUUGAGAGUCCAAGCCGAACCCAGGCCACCAACCAAACUCUGUACAAAUAUCUGUAUAUUUAAAAAAAUAAAAUAAAUCCCAUUGUAUUUAAACAUU